AUGGAGGUUUCUCAAGAACCACACCUUCCAAACUACAUGAAAGACGACAAAGUUAGCCAAGAAACCAAGAUCUUGAUCUCUUCCCUACCCCCAGACAAAGAUUUCAUGGGUUACGGUCUCUACAACUACAAAGGUUGUUGGUACUAUCCCAACACACUCCAAGCCGUUCUUGAUGUCCAAAAACACUUCCGGCCACGAAGCACCGAUAUAAUCCUUGCUUCUUUACCCAAAGGUGGCACCACUUGGCUCAAAUCUCUAACUUUUGCGGUUGUUAAUAGAGAAAAAUACCGUAAAAAUCCCCAACUCCAUCCUUUGCUCUCACAAAACCCUCAUGACCUUGUCCCAUUUCUUGAGAUUGAAUUAUACACUAGUAACCAAACUCCAGAUCUGUCAAAGUUUCCUUCUCCUAUGAUCUUUUCUACACACAUGCACUUAAACACAUUGCAUGAAGCCACAACAAAGUCUUCUUCUUCACCUUGCAAAAUCGUGUAUGUGUGUAGAGGUAUCAAAGAUACGUUUGUCUCCGGUUGGCAUUAUAGAAACAUGUUGCAUCGCACCAAGAUGAGUCAAGACGCUUUUGAGCUCAUGUUUGAUGCAUAUUGUAGAGGAGUUCUCUUAUAUGGACCCUAUUGGGAACAUGUGCUGAGCUAUUGGAAAGGGAGCUUAGAAGAUAAAGAGAAUAUUCUUUUUAUGAAGUAUGAAGAGAUAAUUGAGGAGCCUAAAGUUCAAGUCAAGAAACUCGCUGAGUUCUUGAACUGUCCAUUCACCAAGGAAGAAGAAGAGAGUGGAUCAGUCGAGGAGAUCUUGAAGCUGUGUAGUUUGGGUAAUCUGAGGAACUUGGAGAUUAAUAAGAAAGGGACAACGAGAAUUGGUAUAGAUUCUAAUGUAUUCUUUAGGAAAGGUGAAGUUGGUGAUUGGAAGAAUUAUCUUACUCCUCAAAUGGCGAAAACCGUUGAUGAGAUCGUUGAAUCUAGACUACGAGGCUCCGGUUUGAUAUUUCAAUAA